AGUGAACAGCACCUGUGUGAAAACAAACCUUAUGAAUGUGAUUAUUGUGAAAAAUCUUACAGUAAGAGCCAAUAUCUCGUGGAUCACAUCAAAAUAGUGCAUUCUACCUCCAAGGCUUUCUCAUGUCCUCACUGUUGUAAGACUUUCACAGUCAAUAAAAGUUUGAAGAGACAUCUCAGUGCUCAUUGUACUAAAAUACUUCAUACUUGUAAAAUCUGUAGUAAAUCUUUUAAUCGAAAAAGUGAAUUAGAAAGUCAUUCUAAAAUUCACACCUUGGAUCCUGAGAUAUUGAAAUCUAGUUUAAAGAGACCCUAUAAAUGUUAUGUUUGUAAUAAAGCCUUUACUAAAUCAAACCAUUUAAAGGAUCAUUGUACAGUACAUACAAGAGUAAGGGAAUUUAUAUGUGAAAUUUGUGCCAGUUCAUUUCUGACUAAAAAUUCAUUGAGGCAACAUCUAAGAACUCAUAGCAGUGAGAAACCAUAUAAAUGUGAUGUUUGUAGUAAAACAUUCGUACAAAAUAGAGACUUGCAAAAUCAUUUACAAAAAAAUUCUGACUGUGACUUAGGGAGGAAACACCUUAAUUGUCUGAUUUGUGAACGACAGUUUAUAAACCAGGCGGGGUUAAGAGUUCAUAUGAAGAUUCACACAACUACAGAUCUUUCAUCUAAUAUUUGUCACAAAAUAUUUCAAACUUCAAAAGAAUUAGAACAACAUAAUAUAUCUGAUCAUGAGGAAUCUAAAGAAAAUAUUUGUCAUGUUUGUAGUAAAUCAUUUAAUUCCAAUCAUGCUUUAGUCAUACAUGUGAGAACUCAUACAGGUGAGAAACCAUUUCAAUGUGAUGUUUGUCCAAAAGCAUUUAGAUCUGCUUCAGUGUUGAAUAGUCAUAAACGAACUCAUACUGGAAUCAAACCAUAUAAAUGUGAUGUAUGUAAUAAACGCUUUAGUAAAACUAAUCAUGUUCGUGAACACUUUCAGAACAUCCAUUCAACAGUUAGACCAUAUUCUUGUGAAAUUUGUCACAAAUCGUUCCCAACAAAUAGAAGUAUGAAAGUUCAUGUAAAAACUCACAACAGAGUCGAAAAUGCAGAACAGUAUAAAUGUGAUAUCUGUAGUAAAUCAUUUAAUCAAAAAUCGACUCUGCAGAAACAUUUAAAACAUCAUAUAGGAAAUAAAGAUGUAAUGUGUGAUGUUUGUGGGAAAUCUUUUUACGAUACUGCCGAUCUUAAUCGUCAUGCUCGCAUACAUAUUAAUGAGCCUCAUUGUGAUAUUUGCGAUAAAACUUUCUGUAAUCAGGAGUAUCUACAGAAACACAUGUUGGCUCAUGAAGGAGUGAAAAGGUAUGCAUGUGAACAGUGUGAUAAGUCAUAUUUCACGAAUUAUAAUUUAAAUAGACAUUUAAAAGUUUGUAAUAAAUCAAAACCC